AAAAACAGUUAAAAGACGGUAAGCGAAAAAAACAAAGGGAGAUCUCUCUCUCUCUCUCUCUCUCUCGCUCACUCGCUCGCUCUCGUUCUCGAACUCUUUUUUUUUUUUUUUUCCAGAACAAUGUACGGUAAAGUUGCAAUUUGUUUGACAUUGGCGAUUACCUUCUUGAUUUCAUGUUCAAUCUAUCUCGGCACCGUUGAUCUCAGAUCAUAUUUCUUCCCUGUACAGCCGGCUCCACGCUCGCUCUGUGCAACCGGUCGUCCCCUUCGCGUUUACAUGUACGAUCUCCCUAGGAAAUUCCACGUCGGCAUGAUGGGCCGUCGGUACUCCAAGGAAUCGGGUCCAGUGACCAUGGAGAAUUUGCCUCCGUGGCCCGCGAGAGCAGGGGUAAGGAGGCAACACAGCGUGGAGUAUUGGCUGAUGGCGUCCCUGCUUUACGAUGGCAAAGGCGGAGAAGAGAGGGAGGCGGUCAGGGUUUCGGAUCCCGCGACUGCGGACGCCUUUUUUGUGCCCUUUUUCUCCUCGAUGAGUGUUACUACGCACGGCCAUAACAUGACGGAUGCUGCGACGGAAGGCGACCGCCGAUUACAGGUUGAAUUACUGGAAAUCUUGCGACAAUCCAAGUACUAUCAAAGGUCUGGAGGAAGAGACCAUGUUAUUCCCAUGACACAUCCAAAUGCUUUCAGAUUUCUUCGAGAGCAGUUGAAUGCCUCUAUCCUUAUUAUUGUAGACUUUGGUCGAUAUCCCCGUACCAUGGCAACUCUAAGCAAAGAUGUGGUUUCCCCUUAUGUACACGUUGUGAAAUCCUUCACAGAUGAUGACCCUCUAGACCCAUAUGAGAACCGAACCACCCUUCUUUUCUUCCGGGGAAAUACAGUCAGGAAAGAUGAAGGCAAAAUUCGAGUCAAACUUGCAAAGAUAUUGACCGGUAACAAUGAUGUUCGUUAUGAAAAGAGUGUAGCAACUCCAUCAAACAUUAAAACGUCUACAAAGGGAAUGCGGUUGUCGAAAUUCUGUCUGCAUCCUGCAGGGGACACUCCAUCAUCUUGCCGACUAUUUGAUGCGAUUGUGAGCCAUUGUGUACCUGUGAUAGUCAGUGACAAAAUUGAGUUUCCCUUUGAGGACGAAAUCGACUACACUAAAUUCUCAAUUUUCUUCUCUAUGAAAGAGGCAUUAGAACCGGGUUAUUUGGUGAAUCAGCUGCGCCAAUUUCCAAAGGAUAGAUGGGUUGAAAUGUGGAAGCGGCUUAAGCAGGUUUCCCAUCAUUAUGAAUUCCAGUACCCUCCGAAGGAGGAGGAUGCAGUCUAUAUGAUAUGGAGACAGGUAAAGCACAAGCUUCCCGGUGCCCAACUUGCUGUACAUAGAAAUAGAAGGUUGAAAAUUCCGGAUUGGUGGCGGCGGAAGAAAUGAUUUCAGAUUCUUGUUUUUAUGAUACUGCAAAUCACAAAUUUUUUUCCAUCAUUUUUGGUGUUAUCUCCAUGAGGGAAACAUGCAAAGGCGCCAAGAUGUCACAGGCCAACAUCAUGGACUAACUUUACCAAGCUCAUGAUUCAAAGUUUUACCAACUAAUAAUGUUAUCCGUCUUAGAAAAUAGGAAAAAAUUAUUUAUUAACCUUUUUUCUAUUCAAUAGAAGGAUACACAUGUUUCAUCUUAUUUGAAUUCAUGUUUUUUUAUAUUGAUAAUAAUAUUAAUAUUAAGUUAAAA